AUGGUCAGAGAGAAGCAAGUGGAGCCGAUACUGGUAGACGCGGUCUGCGCCUUAGCCGCCCGCUUUUCCGACUCUCCCAUUUUUACACAGGGCAAGAACAAUGGUGUCCUGGAUCGGUCGGAUUUUGGAAGUUUUUAUGCCCAAAGAGCCAAGGCCGCGACGGUAGAAACGUUUCCUUGCCCGAGCGUGGCGGCGGUCCAGGCCUACUUGCUGAUGGCAUACGAAGGGUUUGGAGUGAAUCAGCAUAGCGCUUUGUGGAUGUAUCUCGGCCUUGCCAUCCGGAUGGCGGUCGAUUUAGGUCUUCAAAAGGUUGUGGGGGUGAAAUACCAGGGUGAAAAGGAUCCUUGGUAUGCUCGAAACUGGAACCGCGGCGCGGGCACGGCUACCGAGGAAGAGGCUGGCCCUGAGCCGGAGACGGCGGGCGGCUCAUCACUCGGCGACCUCAGUCCGACUGAGCAGCAAGAGGUGGAACAGGAGCGAAUAGACACGUUCUGGGCGGUUUUUACCCUCGACAGGGUGAUAUCCUCGGGCACGGGAAGGCCAGUGACGUUUAAAGAUGACGACUUUGAGCUCUCUCUUCCUACGCCCCUCAUAGAUGCGACGAGCGAUUGGCCCGAUCCGUACCCUCAUUUUGUGCGCAUUAUUCACCUCUACGGACGUGUAUCCGACGUCCUGAACAAUGUGCGCAACGCGAAUGAUAUGUCAAGUGACAAGUGGAAGAAACUGGCCGAAAUGGAGACAGAGCUCACAAAACAGCAUCAGGCCCUAGACCAGCGACUCGAGUUCAACGCCGGAAACUUCAGGACAUAUGUCAACACAGGCCAGGGCACAACGUUCAUUCUCUUGCACUUUUGGUUCCAUGCUCUGAUCAUCAUCCUCCACCAACCUACACUGCUCGCUCCAUUUGGCGGGCUCAGCCGCACCCACCAGCUUCUCCCCAACAGCCGAGAGUUGUCCCUCUCGAGCGCCAAGACGAUUGCCGAUAUCCUGUCUUUUGCAGAGCUCAUUGAUCCCAGAAGCUUCAUAGGGAACCCUUUCACAUCGCAGCCAAUGUAUAUAGCAGCCUACUUGCAGGGCGUCAAUGUAUCCGCAAUCGAGGUUUCGCAGGAGAACCAAGAAGGCUCCAACACCUCAAACAAGCAUUCACUCCUGGCAUCUGCGGCCAACAAAAACUACCAGCGCUGCUACAAUUCUUUAACACAGCUCCAUACAUACUGGGGUGGGGUGAAGUACAUCCUCACAGCGUUGGAUCAGAAAUCUGAGGGCAUCUGGGAUGUUGAGACGUACACCUCGGAAGAAUAUGAGAGCACCAAAAUCAUGCGCAGAGGCUCUGUGAACCGGUUUCCGACACUCGGAACCCCGGUAUCACCAAACGCGCCACCAUUUGCGUGGUCACUUGCAGGCACCAGCAACUCUCACAACUCCAAUCUCACCUUCAUGUACCAGAACCCUCCACGCCAAUCUUCCAAGAUGCAGCAAAGCCAGGCAGCUAGUGGAGUGAACUCGGCCGAUACGCCUCCCGGGAGCAUGGUGUACGAUCCCAUUCGUCAAAGCGUGCCGCAGACACCAGCCAUGUUCCCGCCACCAUAUCCGCAGCCAACGACAUCGGCGAUACGCCAAUCUCCACACCCGGGGAAACCGCGAAGAAAACUCUCGGCACCAGCAGUCCCCAUUCUGAAAACGCCCACAAAGGGAAUGCGCCAUUUCGAGGGCCGACACUUGCCUCCGGACGACAUAACCACGCCGCCGCCAUCGGUGGAUCAAACGCCCAAGAUGAAUGUCCUCGGCCCCGUCCAUGGGUACCAUGGCGGCAAUAUGCAGUACAUGCCGAGUAACAACAGCCACGUUCCUAACGUCAUCACCUUUAAUAGCCAGGACAUUGACAUCAACUCCCUGGGCCUGCAGAAUGAGAUGAUGCCGUCUUGGCUGGAGUACCUUCCGGUGAUGAAUAUUUUUGACGGAUCUAGCAUGGGGGACAACAGCGGGCAAGAGGGCGGGCCAUGA